AUGCGUCCGACGACGGAUGAUGUCGCGUAUGCGUACACGCUUCCGACUGUAUUGCGCCGUAACCCGCCAUCAUUGAAGGCCGUGUGGGAGUCUACAUCAGAGACGCUGCAGCAAGACGUUGAUGACCGCUUCGGGCAACGAUCGGCUGAUGUCGGAACGGAUGACAUCGACGCACGUGCACCGGAAGCUCGGAACUUUUCGGAAAAUCCGGUCACGUGGUCCAUCGGCGUUAAGGGGCUUUGGGAAAGCGACGACGGGCCGCUCGGCCAAACCAUCCCGCAAAAAUACACCACGCAGAGCAGCUGCGACACGACGUUCAAUGUUGCCUCCAACGUGGACACUGACGGCCACGGUUCCGAAGCGAAGCUGUUCCACCUGACGUGCCCGGCAGAGAGAGAGGACAAGAGAUUUCACACCUUCAAAGUAAGGCCGGACAGGUUCCACGUGCUGCUUAUCAGAGAGUGA